GCCCCCGUCGCCGCCUCCAACUGGUGCUACGGCGAGGAGUGGUGCCGGACGCUGCGGACGCCCGUCACCACGGACAGGGCCACCUGGCCGCCCGCGCUGGUCUCGGCCAAGCUGGUCCGGGACGAGUCCGGGGAGGGGGAAGACGCGCUGCGCCGCUGGUACCUGACGGACGACGCCGCGGCCAACGCCGACCUGGAGGACACGCUGCAGGGCGUGCUGCACGACCUGCUGCCCUACCCCGUCAGCACCCGGAGACGACCGCCGAGCCGGUUCCACGACGGCCACAACGAGGACCUCGUCAUCUCCACGGACACUGACAUGGCGCUGCAGGGGCCCAAGCCGGCCUUCACGCAGCCCGGCUACGAUAUUGACGUGCUGCUGGGCGAGCAGUUCCAGCUGGACUGCCGAGUCAAGAAUGCAGAGAAGCACGUCAUCAUGUGGCGCCGGGGCCCCACGCUGGUGAGCUUCGCCCAGACCAUGGCCAGCCCCAGCACGCGCAUGGCCGUCAACGCCAACCACACCCUGACCGUGUCCAACGCCAACUGGAGCGACAGUGGCGUCUUCGAGUGCGGCGUCGGCUCGCUGCGCAACUUCACCCAGGCCAGCACCGUCAACGUCAUGGGCCCCACGACGCCCGUGAAGCUGCCGGCCGACGAGACGGACCGGGAAGUGGCUUGGAACUCGACCGUGGUGCUGCGCUGCCCCGCCACCGGCCGGCCGCAGCCGCGCGUCAAAUGGCUCAAGCGGGGGGUGCGCGGCGUGCUCAACACCGGGCCGAACCUGACCAUCCGGGAGGCCCGGCGGCACCACUCGGGGACCUACGUCUGCGUGCUCUUCAACGGCAUCGGCUCCCGGAUAGUCCAGAGGAUAAAGGUCAAAGUGCAAUACCCGCCCGAGAUCCAAUGCGCGGACGAGUCCAAGCCCGACUGGAAGAGAGGCACCAUCCAGGUCUCCAUCGUGUGCACAGCGGACGCCCUGCCAGCAGUCCACCUGGUGUCGUGGACGGUGCCCGGAAACUCCCUGGGGCCGAUACGACUGGACUCGCGGUCCGAGUCCACCACGGUCGGCCGGUACCUGGGCAGGGCCUCCAGCGACUUCGCCAGGAUCGAGUUCGUCAUCGCCAACUUCACGCACCACGACCUCGGCACCUACACCAUCUGGGUCAACAACAGCGUGGCCGGCACAGCCGUCAAGCACAACGUGACCAGCAACGCGCAGCCCGUGGUCUUCACCAGCCCGGACGAGAGUCCCUCCGAGACGGCCUUCAACGUGUCCUUCCGCUACAAGUCCCACCUGCCGCCCCUCGAGAUCCGCGUCAUGUACCGCAACCACCACAGCGACGGCCCGCUCAACCUGGUGUACGACAGCCAGGGCCUGCUGGUGUCGCCUGGCUUCGGGGAGAAGAGCGUCAACACUUACGCCGUCAAGAAGAAGUGGCAGGGGGCGGAGGCCGGUCUCAACGGCUGGAUCGAGAAGGAGGUGAAGCGGCCCCGGCUGCAGGAGACGUACACCGUGUCGCUGCUGGGGCUGGAGCCGGCCAGCGCCUACGAGGUGUUCGUGCAGCUGCGCAACAAGGAGGGCUGGAACGCGGUGGAGGAGCCCUUCCAGUUCUCCACCAAGGGCAUGAUGCUGGUCAAGAGGCAGCACCAGCAGCAGCUUCUGGCCCACGACGCCGUGGAGGCCGCGACGUCGUCGGGCAGCCGGUCGGGCGCCUCGCUGGCGCGGCUGGCGCUCGGCUUCCUGCUCAUGGCGCUGUGAGCGAGGAAGGUGAUGGCCGUCUCGUUAUCGCAUCGGUGCUGUCCGCGCUUGCAGUGUCGGCGACGCGGUGACGCGGUGGAGCAGUCUGAGGGGCGGCGGUGGCCAGACCCGCCCUUGUUCGCCCCGCUAGCCCUGCCCCUCCGCAGACUGCUGACUCCCUGCAGAGCAUGCUCUGGGACUUUGUCCGGCGCGGUCUCCGUUUUAUUUAUUUAACUCGUGGCGUGGCGUUCGACGGCAGCGCUCAGCCAGCGCGGCACGGCCAGCGCGGCACGGCGGCGGGACUCGGAACUUGCCGUGUUACACAUAACACCGGCGGGCCAAGCCCCCCAGCGGUCCCCAGCGGCGUGCGGCACUUCGGGACCGCAUGACGGAGACACCGAGGCCGCCAGCAGUCCGCACGGAGAGCAAGAAGACCCCGCAAAACGAGGGCGGAGCCAAGCCUCGCCGUUUUUGGAACGUCUCCCUUUCUCCCGCGCAUCCAAAAACACGACGCACGCUCUCUCGGUUUCCAAAUUUUUCGUUUACCGUGCGCCGCCAUCGUUUGCGAGGCAAAGCAGUGUUGUUGUUGCUGGUUUGAUGUUGUUGUUUAACCCUUCUCGAAGACCCGGGGGAAGCCUGUUCCUGGGAAGGGGAUACGCUCCGGAUUUUCGCGGGCAUUUAUCUUUACGUACAGAGAACAAAUAUUUUUGUCCGGAGAAACGCCUAACAACCUCUCCAGCCUGGCUGCGCCGGUUCCGCCGCUCAAGGAGUUGAUACAAUGAAUCCUUGAUGGGCGGCCCCACGGUCCAGCGGCCAGGGGGUUGGAGGAAAGGAAAGGUAUGUUUCACAACUGUCACGGUCCCCACAAGUUACCAACUGCGACGACGGGGGCGUUCUGUUCCACCUGGGAAUUGUAGAACCUGCACCACGCCAAAAUUACGAACCGUCCGGAUUUCUUCCCUUCGCUACGCCCUCCUUUUCAUUUUCCCUUUUUGCGCGUGAGGUCACUUUUUGCGGCCACGCCAAGACAUGCCCCACCCUCCGAGUCUCUUACUGGUCCACAAUGCUCUUGUCAACCGAAAUUGGGGAAAAGUCCGACCGCGCUUUGGCGUAAAAUUGUCGAGGAAUGGAUGUCGUCUCGACCACCAAUUAUGUCUCCCUUUCCCGUGCAGUACUUGCUUAAAACUUUUCCAAUACUUUGGCGUCCUCCUCCCGAGGCACUGUGGACGCACGGCACACGCGCCGACCGCUUCGGGGAGGUGGGUAGGGGCCGCCCAGGUAUUACGUAACGCCCUUUGUCUCUCUCGCACUCAUUGAGGUUGGGAGGGGGAUAAGUUACCAACGCAUCAUCGUGAAAGAGCUCUUUUUAGGAAAUCGACUCGCUGUUAGGUUCUUGUACCAUGUCCUGUUUUUUUUUGUUUUUUGAAGCGAUCGAUAUGUUUGUAAGAAACUCUUCUUUAUGUUUCGAUCUUAGCUACAUCCUAUUUUUAAUUUGUUCAGAAUGUAAGACACUCUUUCCUGAGUACGCGUGUGAUAUUCUCGUAAAGCUUAUGGUUGUGGCUGCAUGUGUGUUCGAAUGUGUACUCUUGUGUGUGUGCGCGCGUGACUGGAUUUCAAUCGAGCCCCUUCGAUGAAAGAUUUUUUUUAAAUACUUCAAACGACAAAAAAAAAUGAUCAAUUCUUUAAUUUUUCUACUUAAGGAACGAAGUGCAAGAAUGCCUCCUUCUUAUAAAAAAUGCAACAGGGGCCAUACGUAAAACAAAACAAAAAAAAUAGAGUAGAAAUUGAUGGUGAAUUAGUAGAAACUCGCUUAGCAAGAAACGCAUAAAGAGUCAUUUUUUUACGAAUAAAAUCUCAUAUAAGGUUGAUUAUUGUAUAAGUGCGAUGUAUAAGCUCAGUAAUUUUUAUCCCAAGUCACUUUUGUUCGUUUGGUUCCUUAAAAACAUUUCCUAUACGAAAUAUUGCCCUUUAAGUGUUUGAGUCAUUGUCAAACUAAGUGUUUAUCCCAUAAUGUCCCUUCCCGUCCUCACGACUAGCAAGCGCUUAUGUCUAGUCGAAAGCUAUUGUUGUUCUUGUGAUCGAGACUAUGUGUUAUUAAUUUUAUGAAUGUAUGAUGCAAUAUGUGGAAAAUGUAGUUAUUGUAACGUAUUAAUGUAUAAAUAUGCUAUUCAAGAUCUCA